AUCGAGGAAAUGCUGAGGACAACCAUAAAGAACUAUUGUCCAAAUGUCGACCAUGAGAUAUCUGUAAGGUGCAUAUGUCCGAAUGUGGAAGAGGAAAAGCGAACUUUAGUGCCUAUUUCAGAAAAGGAUCUUAAUCGUGGUCACAAACUAUGUAUAUCUCACCACCAUUCGAUAAAACUGGACCAAUAUAAACUAUGGUACAACACUUCAAGCACGGCGAAAUCCAAAUCAGGAGUAACAGGCGAAAGGCCAACUAAGCAAACCCGAA